AUGUGGAGGCAAAAUCAACCAAAGAAAUCAGAAAUCAAGUUCAAGAGCUUGCUCUCCAACACCAUCCACGAGGUUUGCACGAAGCGACCAGGAUGGAAAGAAACAGAUCGCGAUGACUGGGAUUUCAUCUGGGCAGAUAAAGAUUGGAUUAGGAUGCAUUUCGACGAGAUGAGGAGCCAGUUGUCUAACACUGCAAGGGUGAAUCAUUUUCGGAACCAUUAUGAGUUGACCCGGAAGGACCACAUGGUGAAGAAUUUCAAGCGCAUGAUAUCAAGUUUGAGAAGAGAGGAUCGCGCGAGCGAAGCGGCUCAGUACGACUUCUUCCCUGUCACCUACCUGCUACCUCAAGACUAUGGUGUCUUCGUGGAAGAUUUCAAACGACAAUCUGAUCGCCCAAUCUGGAUUGCCAAACCCACCGGAAAAGCGCAAGGGCGAGGAAUUUUUCUUUUCACGGAGUUGAAGGAUCGUUACAUCACGAAUCCUUACCUGGUCGGAGGCAAGAAGUUUGAUCUAAGGAUUUACGUGCUCGUCACUUCCUAUAUGCCUCUCACCGUCUGGCUCUAUCGAAGUGGAUUCGCGAGAUUCAGCGGAUUCCGGUACAACGGAGCAAGGAACCAGCUCAAGGACACUCAUCUUCAUCUUACAAACGUCGCCGUCCAGAAGACAGCUCCCGGCUACGACAGAGAGGCGGGAUGUAAGUGGUUAAUCGACUGCCUCAAGCGCUACAUGGUCAGCGUUCAUGGGCAAGAUGCCAUCAACCAGCUCUUCUACGAGAUCCAGUCCCUCAUCAUCCGAUCGCUCCAGGCUGUGCAGAAAGUGAUCAUGAACGACAAACAUUGCUUCGAGCUCUACGGCUACGACAUAAUGCUCGAUGACACGCUCAAGCCCUGGCUGCUCGAGGUCAACGCUUCUCCAUCUUUGACAGCAGACACAGCGUCCGACCAUGAGCUCAAGUGUGGAAUGCUGGAUGACCUCCUGGAUGUGAUCGACCUGGAGGAGCGAAGGACAGGAGACGAGAUCCAAGUCGGGGGGUUUGACCUGAUCUUCAACGGCAGUGUGGACCGAGGUACGUCAUCACUACCAUCAUCAAUAUAA